GAUGCAACCCGCUACUACUGUCAUACUUGGGACUCACCCAGGACUGCGCUGCACUUCACUGUUUGGUUGACGCUGCUGACGCUGCUCUUCCGCCAUCUUCAACUUGCUAUUGUUUGCAUCAGACGGAGGCUGAAUGUGCUGUAUGAGCGAGCGGAGUCAACCACAGGCAUUGUCGGAUAGCUUUGGCGCUCCACACUUUCCCGUUCCGUCGCUGAGGUCAGCGCAAACGAUUUGUAUGUCACUGACUUAAGGGCCUCUCAGGACGCGACCACUAAACCUUGAUGAUGGACGACGACCAACCUAAAACAUUGUAUGUGGGGAAUUUGUCCAGGGAUGUAACAGAGCCCCUGAUUCUGCAGGUCUUCGCACAGAUAGGACCCUGCAAAAGCUGUAAAAUGAUUUUUGAUACAGCUGGCAAUGAUCCAUACUGCUUUGUGGAGUUCUUUGACCACAGGCAUGCUGCUGCCUCAUUGGCAGCCAUGAAUGGAAGGAAAAUAAUGGGUAAGGAAGUCAAAGUCAACUGGGCCACUACGCCAACAAGCCAGAAAAAAGACACCAGUAAUCACUUUCAUGUUUUCGUUGGAGACCUCAGCCCAGAAAUAACUACAGAAGACGUUAAAGCUGCCUUUGGGCCUUUUGGCAGAAUAUCAGAUGCACGUGUUGUGAAAGAUAUGACUACAGGGAAAUCUAAAGGCUAUGGCUUUGUGUCUUUCUUCAACAAAUGGGAAGCGGAGAACGCCAUUCAGCAGAUGGGGGGCCAGUGGUUAGGAGGCAGGCAAAUCCGAACUAACUGGGCCACAAGAAAGCCCCCUGGGCCAAAGACCAGCUAUGAAACAGGUAACUCCAAGCACCUGUCCUUUGAUGAAGUAGUAAACCAGUCCAGCCCCAGUAAUUGCACUGUCUACUGUGGUGGCGUCAGCACAGGACUGACAGAACAACUAAUGAGACAGACCUUUUCUCCUUUUGGGCAAAUUAUGGAAAUCAGAGUUUUCCCAGAUAAAGGCUAUUCGUUUGUAAGGUUCAGCUCCCAUGAGUCAGCAGCCCAUGCCAUUGUGUCUGUGAAUGGGACUGCAUUAGAGGGCCACAUAGUCAAGUGCUACUGGGGUAAAGAGAACCCAGACAUGAUGAACCCGGUGCAGCAAAUCCCUGUGCCUCAGCAAAACAAGAUGAGCUUCCCUGCUGCUCAGCCCUAUAACCAGUGGGGCCAGUGGUAUGGCAAUGGGCCUCAGAUCAACCAGUAUGUCCCGAAUGGGUGGCAGGUUCCCACCUACAGUGUCUAUGGUCAGGCCUGGAACCAGCAGGGCUUCAAUCACUUACCGGCCAAUGCUGGGUGGACUGGCAUGAGCGCCAUCAGUAACGGUGGGGUUAUGGAGCCCACACAGGGAUUGAAUGGGAGUAUGCUAGCCAACCAGCCUGGUAUGGGAGCCACAGGAUACCCCACACACUGAUAAGGGAGGGAAGGGCAGGAGAUAAUGUCAACCGUCUGCCAUUUUUGGCAUUAACGUGCUCAGUGGGGUUGUGUGACACCACCUCCUUUGUUGGCAGGACUAAGACUUUUAUUCGGAUGUGGAUCUGAUUAGGAAAAUUGACUUCUGUUGGAGGUGUAAAAGGGAUUUCUUUUAGGGGGGGUUUGAGGUCACGUGAUCCAGCGUGUAACGAUUUGACCCACAACAGGUAUUUACAUCCUCUGUGGGAGCCGAACUGGCUGAGAUCCUGGGCUUGGAUCAUUUUCAAGGUAACUGUAAACUGUAAAAACAGAAUUGUACAGGAGGAACUUUUUUUUCCAGGAUUUUACAAAUGGCUUCCAUUGUAGUUCCUCAGAAUCAUUGAGGAGGUGUCUUUUUUUAUUUUUAUUUUUAAAGAAACUGUCAAAAUUUGAGUUUUCCAAGUUAUGAACUGUAGUUCUUUAAGGAAUCGAAAUGUGUUUCACAUGUACAAAAAUUUAAAUCUAUUGCAGGGAUUGUUUGCCACUUCGGCUUCUCUGUAAAGGUAGAUUGAUAUUGCAGUUUACUCCCCACUUUUACAUGACACUUUUUUUUUUUGGGCAUUCCAUUUUUCAUAUAUUUUGGACAGCCUCAACUCCUUAAGCCACAUCUAUAUAACUCUACAUUUGAUACCAUGUAAGUACAAAUACUACUGUUAACUGUGAGUGCCUGCUUUAAUUUUUGUUUCAACAACUCUAUGGUUAACGGCCACAUUGUGAGUAGCAGAGUGGCACUGCCAAAUGUGACAUGGUGUGAGAGGAUUCUUCAAUACAGGGACAGACAACAUUGCCAUGCAGUGCAUACUUAAAACGUUUGACAAAAUCCUGAUGUAAAUAAAUAUUUGACACGUAUGUUUUUUUAGUGAUCUGUUUUCUUUUGUUUUUUUAUAUAAAACUUUUUGAGUGGAUCAUUUAACCUUUACACCUACUCUGUUUGUCAGAGAGAUGGAGGCCUCAAUUGCUGUGGCCUUAUAAAGCUGGUUUGUUUUAGCUGAUAAGAUGCUCUUCAAUAUGGCAGUGCCUACAGUUGUUUUCAGACCCUUUUGUUUAGAAAGGUGUUAUUCCUGAGAACUGAUGACUGCUACUGGAAUAGUUUUCUUGCUUUUGUCCUAUUAAAAUGCUCAUGAAGACGAA